UGAGAGCCGGCAAUAUGAAAUUUAGUAGCAGACGCUAGUUGGCGCGUGUUUCCAUUGCCAUCACGAGACGAGAAGCUCAGCUAGCUGCCGGUGUCAACAUCCUUUCUCCGUCACCGUCCGGCGAACAUGGAAGACGAUGAGAGAUCGAGCUUCGUGAUCGGCCUUAUCGAGAACAGAGCGAAGGAGGUAGGAGUAGCUGCUUUUGAUCUGAGAUCAGCAUCACUGCAUCUUUCGCAGUAUAUCGAGACUAGCAGUUCCUAUCAGAAUACAAAAACUCUGCUGCAUUUCUACGAGCCGAUGGCAAUCAUAGUUCCUCCUAAUAAGCUCGCACCUGAUGGCAUGGUUGGAGUUUCAGAACUCGUGGAUAAGUUUUACCCUUCAGUCAGGAAGGCUGUGAUGGUUCGUGGAUGCUUUGACGAUACUAAGGGAGCACUGCUGAUAAAGAAUUUAGCAGCAAAGGAGCCUUCAGCACUUGGACUGGAUACUUAUUAUAAGCAGUAUUAUCUCUGUUUGGCUGCCACUGCAGCCACUAUCAAAUGGAUAGAAGCAGAAAAGGGUGUCAUCGUUACAAACCACUCAUUGCUGGUGACUUUCAAUGGGUCAUUCCAUCAUAUGAACAUUGAUGCUGCCAGUGUACAAAACCUGGAAAUUAUUGAGCCAUUCCACUCUGCCCUUUUGGGCACAAGCAACAAAAAGAGAAGUUUGUUUCACAUGCUUAAGACAACAAAGACUAUUGGAGGAACAAGACUUCUACGAGCCAACUUAUUGCAGCCUCUAAAAGAUAUUGAAACUAUAAAAGCUCGUCUUGAUUGUCUGGAUGAACUGAUGAGCAAUGAAAAGCUGUUCUUUGGGCUUUCUCAAGUACUGAGGAAAUUUCCUAAAGAGACAGAUAGGGUGCUCUGUCACUUUUGCUUCAAGCCAAAGAAAGUUAUGAAUGAGAGCUUGGGAGUGGAUCAUGCAAGGAAAAGCCAACUGCUUGUAUCAAGCAUUAUCUUACUCAAAACUGCUUUGGAUUCUUUGCCUUUGCUCUCUAAGGUACUAAAAGAGGCCAAAAGUUCUCUUCUAACAAACAUUUACAAGUCUGUCAGUGAAAACGAGAAAUAUGCUGCAAUUCGAAGAAGAAUUGGGGAGGUAAUAGAUGAAGAUGUGCUUCACGCACGGGUUCCUUUUGUUGCCCGCACGCAGCAAUGUUUUGCUGUCAAGGCAGGAAUUGAUGGUCUCUUGGAUAUUGCUAGGAGAUCAUUCUGCGAUACUAGUGAAGCAAUACAUAAUCUCGCAAACAAGUAUCGCGAAGAAUUUAAGCUACCAAAUUUGAAACUGCCAUUCAAUAAUAGGCAAGGGUUUUACUUCAGCAUUCCGUAUAAGGAUGUUAAAGGAAAGCUUCCUAGCAAAUUCAUACAGGUAAUGAAGCAUGGGAACAACAUUCAUUGCUCAACUCUGGAACUGGCUUCGCUCAAUGUGAGGAACAAGUCCGCUGCAGGAGAGUGUUUCAUACGAACAGAAGUGUGCUUGGAAGCUCUAAUAGAUGGCAUAAGGGAGGAUGUUUCUGUUCUCAAAUUGCUUGCAGAGGUUUUAUGCCUUCUAGACAUGAUUGUCAACUCAUUUGCUCAUAGCAUAUCCACUAAGCCUGUUGAUCAAUAUUCCAGACCAGAAUUUACCGAUCAUGGACCAUUGGCAAUAGAUGCUGGAAGGCACCCUAUCCUGGAAAGUAUACACAAUGAUUUCAUUCCCAACAGUAUCUUUCUUUCCGAGGCAUCCAAUAUGCUGAUUGUCAUGGGUCCUAACAUGAGUGGGAAGAGUACUUAUCUCCAGCAAGUGUGCCUUAUCAUCAUUCUUGCUCAGAUUGGUUGCUAUGUUCCUGCUCGGUUUGCCACUAUAAGGGUCGUUGAUCAUAUAUUUACAAGAAUGGGGUCGAUGGACAAUUUGGAGUCGAACUCCAGUACGUUCAUGACAGAAAUGAAAGAGACUGCCUUUAUCAUGCAAAAUGUCUCAGAAAGGAGUCUGAUUAUCACAGAUGAACUAGGGAGGGCUACCUCGUCCUCUGAUGGACUGGCCAUAGCAUGGAGCUGCUGUGAGUAUCUGUUAUCACUGAAAGCGUACACUAUAUUUGCUACUCAUAUCGAGACAAUGGCCGAGUUAGCCACCAUUUAUCCAAAUGUGAAGAUUUCUCACUUCGAUGUGGAUGUAAAAAACAACCGAUUGGAUUUCAAGUUUCAACUUAAGGAUGGUCCGCGAUAUAUUCCCCACUAUGGGCUUCUAUUAGCCGAAGUAGCAGGGCUCCCAAGCUCAGUGAUUGAAACAGCCAGAAGUAUCACAUCAAGGAUCACACAAAAGGAACUGAAGAAAAUGGAAGUGAACUGCAGACAAUAUCAUCACAUUCAGAUGGCUUAUCGAGUGGCUCAGAAGUUGAUAUGCUUGAAAUACUCGAGCCAUAAUGAAGAGACAGUUAGGCAAGCAUUGCAGAAUCUCAAAGAUAGUUAUCUUCAAAGCCAAGUCUAGACUUUGUUGCAGCUGAAGAAGAAAAGGUUUUGCCGAUCAAAUUGGAGGAGGGCCGGACAAGCAUGCUGCAGCAUAAGUUGGUAGAUAACACGUUCUGCCGGGAUCAGCGGUCUUUGAUUGCCCUGUCCGGAAACAAGGAAUUGGAAAAGUGUGUCUUCAUGUUGUAAAGUGGGUUGUAAAUACAUAGUUCUCAGCAAUCAUCAGAUCAUCAAUAGAUAGAGAAUAGAAUUUUGAUGUGGAUUUGGUCGUUCUUGCUUUCGCCAGUAAACUUCAGCCUCGGAUUUUUCCUAGACUAGAAUUAAGAUAUAGUGAAAAAUUCUUAUUGCACCGA